AUGAGAAAUAUAAAAGUAUUACGACAAAUUGAGAGCUCUUCUCGUCUUCUAAGAGGAGCUCCUCUACAGGUUCGAGCCGGACGGCCAUUGAGCAAUUCAGCAUUACGCAGCAGUUAUGCAUUCAAUUACAGAAAUCUCGCACCUCUUACUGCAUUUCGUACCUACGCAAACGGGCGUCCACAUCCUCCAGGUGGUACACAUCGCAUGGAUAUGAGUGGCGGAGAAAAAAAGUCCGCCUUGGAAGAAUAUGGUGUCGAUUUGACUGCGCGGGCAAAGGAAGGAAAACUGGACCCAGUUAUUGGCAGAGAUUCGGAGAUCAAUAGGACUAUACAAAUACUAUCGCGGCGAACGAAGAACAAUCCAGUAUUGAUCGGAAGUGCAGGAACUGGAAAGACAGCUAUAUUGGAGGGUUUGGCGCAAAGAAUAGUAAGAGGUGAUGUACCAGAGAGUGUGAAAGACAAAAGAGUGAUAUCGCUGGAUCUUGGACAACUUAUUGCUGGAGCAAAGUUCCGUGGUGAUUUUGAGGAACGAUUGAAGUCGGUUUUGAAAGAGGUUCAAGAAGCCCAUGGUGGCGUGAUUCUUUUCGUCGAUGAAUUGCAUACUUUACUGGGAUUAGGGAAGGCUGAAGGAAGUAUUGAUGCCAGUAAUCUUUUGAAACCUGCGCUAUCUCGGGGUGAACUGCAAUGCUGCGGAGCAACCACGCUCAACGAAUAUCGACAAAUCGAGAAGGAUGUCGCCCUAGCAAGACGCUUUCAACCUAUCCAAGUCAACGAGCCUACGAUCCAAGACACAAUCAGUAUUCUGAGAGGUAUCAAGGAAAAGUAUGAGGUGCACCAUGGAGUUCGCAUUACAGACGGAGCUCUGGUUGCUGCCGCUACCUACAGCAAUCGAUACAUCACAGAUCGCUUUUUACCCGAUAAGGCAAUCGACCUCAUGGAUGAAGCUGCGAGUGGCCUGAGAUUACAGCAAGAAAGCAAACCGGACGAUAUUAUGCAGCUCGAUCAAAAGAUCAUGACCCUUCAAAUCGAGCUCGAGAGUUUGAGAAAGGAGACCGAUGUCGCUAGUAAAGAACGGCGCGAAAAGCUAGAAACUGAUCUCAAAGGUUGUCAAGACGAAGCCAAAACAUUGACAGAGAAGUGGGAGGCAGAGAGGUCCGAAAUUGAUGCCAUCAAAAAGACAAAAGAGGAUCUCGAGAAAGCUCGUGUUGAGCUCGAUCAAGCCCAGCGCGAAAACAAUUAUGGUCGAGCUGGAGAGCUACGGUACUCUGUAAUUCCAUCAUUGGAAGCAAAGCUACCGAAAGAUGGAGACGCGGGCUCUUCUGCCGAAGGUACUUUGAUCCAUGAUGCCGUGACGGCUGACGAUAUCGCAGCUGUUGUGUCACGUGUCACCGGUAUUCCUGUCACAAAAUUAACUUCUGGGCAUGCCGAGAAGCUUAUUCAUAUGGAAGACACUUUGCGACAAUCUGUUCGUGGUCAAGACGAGGCUCUCAGAUCGGUUGCGAACGCAGUUCGAUUGCAACGAGCAGGCUUAAACGGCGAGAACCGACCACUUGCGUCGUUCUUCUUUCUCGGUCCGACAGGCGUGGGAAAGACUGAACUUUGCAAGAAGAUGGCCAACUUUUUAUUUUCAACGGAAUCAGCUGUUGUCAGAUUCGACAUGAGCGAAUUCCAGGAGAAGCACACAAUCUCUCGAUUAAUAGGUAGCCCGGCUGGUUACGUUGGAUAUGACGAUGCAGGACAACUCACCGAGGCCGUCAGAAGAAAGCCAUAUGCCGUUCUCCUAUUCGACGAAUUUGAAAAAGCACAUAGAGAUAUUUCCGCUCUACUUUUGCAAGUAUUGGACGAAGGUUUCUUGACCGACAGUCAAGGCCACAAGGUUGAUUUCCGAAACACUUUGAUUGUAUUCACAUCCAAUCUCGGUGCGGACAUACUCGUUGGUCUCGACCCUUUACAUCCAUACAAAGAGGAGCCGAAUGGUGAUAUCGCACCUUCUGUCCGGAACGCCGUAAUGGAUGUUGUUCAGCACAGUUAUGCACCUGAAUUUCUUAAUCGUAUCGACGAGUUCAUAAUAUUCAAACGCCUUUCCAACGAAGCUCUCCGAGAUAUCGUCGAUAUUCGACUUCUAGAACUUCAAAAGAGAUUAGACGAUCGACGAAUCACACUUGAAGUAAAUCAGGAGGUCCGACAAUGGCUUGCCGACAGAGGAUAUGAUCCGAAAUUUGGAGCGCGUCCACUCAACAGACUCAUUUCCAAGGAGAUUGGUAAUGGAUUGGCUGAUAAGAUUAUCAGGGGAGAAUUGAAGACUGGGGAAACGGCAGUUGUGAAGAUCAAUGCUGAAAGUAAUGGUUUAGUUGUCGAGAGCACGGGGGUUGUGGAAGUGUAA